AGCAGCAGGUCGGGAAAGAUGGCGGCGGAGGAGAGCAGGUUGAAGCAGCGGCGGCCGAACAACAGAUUCUCCAGAGAAGGCGGCCCUGGAUUCAAAUUUGGCACAUCCCAGCUAAGAUGUGACGAGGACGAUGACGACCUGCUGGACGACCUGCUGGAUGAAGAGGAGGGAGAGGAGGUGUGCGCGGCCCGCCCGCUCCAAAUCGUGGUGGCCGACGAGGAGGAGCACUCGUUCCGGCUGCAGGAGGCGGCGCUGGAGCAGCUGCUGCUGCAGGACGAGGUGCAGGACCUGCACGUGGUCGUCGUCUCCGUGGCCGGAGCCUUCCGCAAGGGCAAGUCCUUCCUGCUGGACUUCAUGCUGCGCUACAUGUACAAGCAGUGUCCCGGCUCGUGGGUGGGCAGCGAGGACGAGCCUCUCACCGGCUUCACCUGGAGAGGAGGCUGCGAGCGGGAAACCACCGGCAUCCUGGCCUGGAGCGAGGUGUUCGUGGUGGAGAAAGACGACGGCAGCAAGGUUGCAGUUUUACUGAUGGACACACAGGGAGCGUUUGACAGCCAGUCCACCAUCAAGGAUUGUGCCACGCUGUUCGCCCUGAGCACCAUGACCAGCUCUGUGCAGGUGUACAACUUAUCCCAGAAUGUCCAGGAAGACGAUCUGCAGCACCUUCAGCUCUUCACUGAAUACGGACGACUCGCCAUGGAGGAAGUCUACGAGAAACCCUUCCAGACUCUGAUGUUCCUGAUCCGGGACUGGAGUUACCCCUACGAACAUCCAUAUGGUUUGGAGGGAGGCCAGAAGUUCUUGGAGAAACGGCUGCAGGUGAAGUCAAACCAACACGAGGAGCUGCAAAACGUGCGCAAGCACAUCCACUCCUGCUUCUCCAAGAUCGGCUGCUUCCUGCUCCCUCACCCCGGCCUGAAAGUGGCCACCAACCCGCACUUCGACGGCCGGCUCAGCGAUAUCGAUGAAGAGUUUAAGAAGGAGCUGGUGAACCUCGUCCCGAUACUUCUGUCUCCGGAGAACCUGGUGGAAAAGGAGAUUGGAGGAGUGAAGAUCACGUGCAGAGACCUGCUGCAGUACUUCAAGGCCUACAUGAAGAUCUACCAGGGGGAGGAGCUUCCUCACCCCAAGUCCAUGCUGCAGGCAACAGCUGAAGCAAACAACCUUGCAGCGGUAGCCGGAGCCAAAGAUUUCUACAUUAAAGGCAUGGAGCAGGUCUGCGGCGGAGACCAGCCCUACAUGUCCCCGGCGGAGCUGGAGCGUCGUCACGGCGACCUGCGGCAGUCGUCCGUGCAGCUGUUCCGCUCCGUGAAGAAGAUGGGCGGCGAGGACUUCUGCCGGCGCUACCAGGAGCAGCUGGAGGCCGAGCUGGACGAGUCCUACAGCAGCUUCAGCAAGCACAACGACGGCAAGAACCUCUUCUACGCCGCGCGCACGCCGGCCACGCUCUUCGCCCUCAUGUUCGUGAUGUACGUGGCCUCGCUGGUCACCGGCUUCGUGGGGAUCCGCUCCGUGGCCGUGCUGUGCAACCUGGUGCUGGGCGCCGCCCUCACGGCGCUCUGCGUCUGGGCCUACGUGAAGUACUCCGGAGAGUUCCGGGAGGUGGGCGGGGCCAUCGACCAGCUGGCUGAGGUGCUCUGGGAGCAGAGAACUCCACGCAAGCUCUUCUCCAAGCUGCUGGAGGUGGCCCGGAGUCGAGUGCCGCUGGCCGGCCUGAUCCCGGCCCCGCGGCCCCGGCUCGCCUCCAACAACAACGUCAAGAAGAAAAACUAGCAGGACGCCGCCCGGCCCGGCCCGGCCCGGCCCGGCCCGGCUGUCACGUCCACCCGCCCUCACCUCCACCUUCUGCUGGCUCUGAAACAAACGCUGAACACACAGGAGCUCUGGUUCUGACUGUACAUAACGGUCCCUCGCCGUGCCAGCCGUAGAGGACUAGCUUUAGAUCCAGGCCAAGCAGUUAAUGUAUUUUAUCACUCGUCACCGGGCAGGUUCAAGUAUUUAUUGGUCAGCAGGCGGCUGACGGCUCCACACUGAUUUGCCAUUUUUUGUGAAUGUAUAAAUGAAGAGCAUGACCACUGACAUUCCUCCCGGCUCCUCUCCUCCCUCCGCUCAGCAUCCGUCUCUCAGCUCCCCGGCAGCUUCCAGAAGGAGUUGCAACCAAAGUUUACGGCUUUCCUCGUGCGACGCCCUCGGGCUGAGCGGACUGACUGACAGACGGACGCUCAAGACUCACCGGACCUUCAGGGGAGUUUGGUGUUGGAAAGAGGGAACACUUCUGUCCCUUCCCUUCCCCGAGGGCGGCGUGUCUUUGUCGGGGGGAACCUGAAGCUGUUGCCGGCGGUCCAGCCCGUACAGCCAGAUAUAAAGCUGUCGACUCCGGAGCUGGAGAUCCUGCUCGUGCCUGCAGGAGCCGUCCGGCCCCGGAGCCCGGAACACCGAGACAGUCCCGUCCGACUGUAGUCCCGUCUGACUGUAGUCCAGGAUCCACCGUGUGGGACACGUCCAACUCUGGGACCUUCAUCACUAGCUGUGUUCACCGUACGAUGGUGCAGACGUGACGAUCACUGUUGAUCAGUGUUUAAACCCCCCUGUCCUCAGCAGAGCAGGGGAGGAGGGUUCUUUUGUUUUUUAAUCUUUUUUCCUUUUGUUUUUAUCAGCAGAUCGUGGUUUGUAGUUCAUUUCAUUCCAUUUGCAGCUGAUCCCAGAUGUUUCCCCCCCAGGAGGAAACGUUGGGACACGAGCACCUCCAGGUCUAGCGUUGCUGUAGUUGUUGUUGUGCUGCAGGGUGUGUGUCCACUCAAGCUUUUAUCAUGUGAAAACCCACAGAAGGAAAUGUGGCUGCAGACUCUUUAGAGGUAUCUCCCCCCACCCGUGCCAGAAAAAAUUAAUUAUCUUAUCGUCCGAAUGGUUAAAUUGUGGUUUAGAAAAAUGUAACCUAGCAUCAGUGUCAUUCGGCGAUGAAUCCUCGGGUUAGUCAGCGACGCGUUGGCCGUCUUUAAUUAAGUGCAUAAACACGGUUUAACUCUUCAGCAUGACUUAACGUUACCUUGUCCUUGUUUCUCCUCCAGUGCUGGAGAGAAGGGAGGGUUCAAAUGAUGUACUGAAGGUGGAGACACCAGGUUUAAAAGCUCCUCAUCAUCUCUGUAGUGGAAACAUGCAGACGGCAGUGGAGGAGCAGUAAUGUAGGUCCGUGUACUUCACAGCCAUCCGUUUUUUGUUUUGAAAUGACAAAAUAAAAAUAGAGAUAUAAUCCGUUUUCCAUCUUUUGUUUUGAUAAUAAAAAACGGAAAACUGAUCGUUAUCCAUUAUCUGAUUUCAUUGAUGCGUUUUGAAAAUCGAAAUUGGGAAUUAAAACAGCGAGUGGAAAAGUCUUUCCUAUUGGUUUCCAGUAUGUUAGAGUUCAGUACGUGUUAUUGAUUAUUGAUUGGACGCUGCAGCUGAACGGACUGUCACAACAUCACUGCAGUUUCAUGACGGAGUGAAGACAGAUUACAGAUUAAACUCAUGUUUCACUCCCAGGUUUCAUAUUUGAUUUAUUUUCUGUUUCAACAUUAAAAAAAAUCUAAAACUGUUAAUUUUCAAUCUGAUCAACAAAAGAACCAGAAACAACUUUCUUAAUUUAUUACUGCACAUGUGCAAUCCCCCCAUUUGUCCAAUCCUUGUUUUCAGUAUCCUUGGAAACGAAUAGGAAAUAGAGAAAAGAGUUUUCCACUCGCUGUUUUAAUUCCCAAUUUCGAUUUUCAAACACAUCAAUGAAAUCGGAUAACGGAUAAUGGAUAACGAUCGGUUUUCCGUUUUUUAUUAUCAAAACAAAAGUUGGGGAACGGAUUAUUUUGGAUUAUUUCUCUAUUUUUAUUUUGUAAUUUCAAAACAGAAAACGGAUGGAGGUGAAGUCCACGGACCGUGUAUCCUCCAGCGGAGAGGCGACACUUGAACCAGCUCCCUUCUCCAGCUCUGGUCGGUGGUACCGAGCUGGAAGAGGAUGCUGGUUCGACGCCCCGUGGACGUGCGUGCUUGUCUACAGCGCUCUGUUCUGGGCUGCAGGGCGUGUUGCUCAGUACGGAACACCAGUCUGUCCUUUUUCCUAUUUACCUUGUUCACUGUAGUUGUUUUGCAUCUAAAGUUCCAGUCUUGCGCCGUGCUUGGUGUGGAGUACGAGGAUCAUGUGUCUUAAAGCAGAGCCGGUUACUGGACCUGCAGACGUGUUCGGCCAGGAGACGGUGUUCAGGGAUCCGUCUUCGGAACAUUUCUACGUAGAGCCAGGUCUUGUGGCUGCCGUCUUCAACAGCAGAGAAUAAAGCUUUAUUUUAUUUAUUUUCUCCCUUCCAGGUCGCCUGAGACGUAUACUUACUUGUCCAAAUCUUUCAUUCCUCCUCCGACCUUUUAAAUUACUUGAAGUUGUUUGAUAAAACACUAAACAUACCAAGUCAGCACUCGAGCCUUUUCUGGGGUCAAAGUUCAUCCUUCAUCCUUCCACUCAAUCUUAUUGUUUUUCCAUUGUCAUUCCAUCCACAUCACCGCUGUGUGCUCUUUGGUUUUCUACUCUUUUCUUUUUUUUUAUUUUAACAGCCUCAUCCACACACAGGGCAUGUUUAUGAAGUCUAUACAUAUAUAAAUAACUAUGAAACAUUUUCUAGGCCUUUUGUAGCUGUAAGAACAACGGUUGGUGGUGGAGCAGGUUCAGCUGGAUACGAAGGACGCUCUUGUGGUUUUUGUGGAUAUGUCUAAUAAAUUCCUUUUUUUACAUAUUAUAUAUAAAUAUAUAUUUGUAAAUUUAAUCUUACAUGAGCACUGCUAUUCCACUUCCUGCUGGUGAAGAAUGUUUAUAAUCUGGAUUUUCUUUUCCUUUUCUUUCCUGUUGCAUUUUAAAGUUAUUUUCCUUAAUUUAUUUUUCAAUACAAUAUUAAACCAAACUCAAA